CAUCUUAAGAAUAAGAAUGUAUUACAAAAUAUACAACUGAUUUUAGUAAUGCAAGUCAUUCUGAAUUGAAUAUAGUUGUUAUAGUUGAAAACAUAUAUCAGAACAAAAAGGGUAAAAAAAAUAUAUGUAACAUGUAAUGCAUGACCCAUAAAAAAGACAUUAAAUGAGAAAAUUAUUAAGAAACCAUUAAAAGAGAGAUUAAUGACAGUAGGCGCUGAAGGUUGUUGGAGUGGUCAUUGUUUUCAACUUUGUGUCGUUUUAUCAAAAACCACAAGAAGCGCCUUCUCCUUUCCCUUCUUUUAAAUCUUUCUUCAGAGCUCUCUUCCUUCAUUUUUUAAAAUAAUAAAAUAAAUAAAAACACUGUACAACUUCGACUCCUGACCGUCCGAUGCUCUGACUCUGACCGAUCAGUCAAUUUGAACGUCCACAUCCAACGGCCAUGGGCCACUGCUACAGCCGGAACAUCUCCGCCGUCGAGCACGACGAGAUCCCCGAGGCUCCCGAUCAACCGCCCCAAAAUCACCGCCAUGCUUCCGCUCCUCAGUCUCCUCUCGCCUCCGAGGUCAACUCCUACAACAUUAGCCCGUUUCAAAGCCCGUUGCCGGCGGGAGUAUCUCCGUCGCCGGCGAGAACUCCGGGAAGAAAGUUCAAAUGGCCGUUUCCGCCGCCGUCGCCCGCCAAACCGAUCAUGGCGGCUCUGAGACGGCGGACAGCCGCUGCGCCGCAGCCGAUCCCGGAGGACGUGGACGUCAGAGGAGGAGGAGAGAGGCUGCUGGACAAGAACUUCGGGUUCGGGAAGAACUUCGAAGGGAAGUACGAGUUGGGGAAGGAGGUGGGGCGAGGGCAUUUCGGUCAUACUUGCUGGGCUAAGGCCAAGAAAGGGAAGAUGAAAGGACAAACGGUGGCCGUUAAGAUCAUAGCCAAAGCUAAGAUGACAUCGGCUCUAUCGAUCGAAGAUGUGCGGAGAGAAGUGAAACUGCUGAAGGCUUUAUCUGGACAUAGGCAUAUGGUUAAGUUCUACGAUGCAUACGAGGACGAUGAUUACGUCUUUGUUGUUAUGGAAUUGUGCGAAGGUGGAGAGCUAUUGGAUAGAAUUUUAGCUAGAGGUGGUCGAUACACUGAAGUGGAUGCCAAACGUAUUCUUGUACAGAUUUUGUCUGCAACUGCAUUUUUUCACCUCCAAGGUGUUGUCCACCGUGAUCUCAAGCCGGAGAAUUUUCUCUUUACCAGCAGAAACGAGGAUGCAAUCCUCAAGGUCAUAGAUUUUGGCUUGUCUGAUUUCAUUAGAUACGACCAGCGUCUCAAUGAUAUUGUGGGAAGUGCAUUCUAUGUCGCACCUGAAGUACUCCAUAGGUCUUACAGCACCGAAGCAGAUAUGUGGAGCAUUGGUGUCAUAAGUUACAUACUACUCUGUGGAAGCAGACCUUUCCAUGGAAGGACUGAAUCUGCGGUUUUCCGCUGCGUGAUUAGAGCCAACCCUAAUUUUCAAGAUAUGCCUUGGCCUUCAAUAUCGCAUACUGGUAAAGACUUCGUGAAAAGGCUUCUCAACAAGGACCAUAGGAAACGAAUGACAGCUGCUCAAGCCUUAGCUCAUCCGUGGCUACGUGAUGAAAACCCUGGGUUGCUUCUCGAUUUCUCGAUCUAUAGGUUGGUCAAGUCCUAUAUUCGUGCCUCGCAUUUCAGACGAUCGGCGCUUAAGGCUCUCUCCAAAGCUAUACCCGAAGAUGAGCUUGUGUUUCUUAAGGCACAGUUUAUGCUCCUGGACCCUAAAGAUGGAGGCCUAUCUCUUAACAGCUUCACUUCGGCGUUAACAAGAUAUGUUACUGAUGCGAUGAUGGAAUCAAGGCUUCCUGACAUUUUAAACACGAUGCAACCAUUAGCGCAAAAGAAACUGGACUUUGAAGAGUUCUGUGCGGCUGGGGUCAGCGUUUACCAACUGGAGGCUCUUGAAGAAUGGGAACAGAUUGUAACUUCAGCAUUUGAGCACUUCGAACAGGAAGGGAAUCGAAUCAUAUCCGUCCAAGAACUAGGCGCGGAGAUGGGCCUGGCACCAAAUACAUAUCAUCUGCUCAAGGAUUGGAUCAGGAGUUCGGAUGGAAAGCUGAGUUUCUUGGGCUACGCUAAGUUAUUGCAUGGAGUGACCGUACGUAGCUCGAGCUCAAGACCUAGGUGACACAUCGUCAUGUCAAAAGCCUUAUAACGUGUAAAUCAAGUCUUGAGAAAUAUCCAAACCUUUAUAGUGGAAGUGGAAGCUAGGGGAUUUCUUUGUAAAUGAUUCUUUGAGCAUUUUUGUUUACAGGAACCAAACCUUGAAAAAAGCAUAACAAACUAUAUAUUAUAGAAGGAAACUGGUGAGGUGUUGAUUUUGGUUUUA